ACACAUGAAGCACAUUGGUCGAACCUGGUCGAACCUUAUUUUGUUCGAUUUGCGUUUCAAUGUAAAAUACACACAUAAAUUCUUAUUGUGACAUUUGAUUUAAAAUUUAUCAAAGAAAACGUGCUGAACUCAGAUUCUUUCCAAAAAAUUUAUCUUGAAGUAAAUGGAAAACACAACGUGAACAGUUCAUACAGGAUGGUGGGACACGAAAUGAACACAAUCAUUUCAGAAGUGCUUUUGCGCUGCGUUUGUGCUUUCGGCUAGUCACGACGACCGACCUUGGAAUCGAUUUUGUAUAGGUCGUUGUCUUAUGUUACUUUUGAGAAGGAUUGAAAUUGCACGUUCAUUCUGCAAAAAUGGCUGAUAAGGAGGGACUAGUUGCUCAGUUUAUGGCAAUUACUGGUGUCGACACAGACAGAGCGACUUUUUACCUGGAAUCCGCUGGCUGGAACCUAGAUGCUGCCAUGGGGAGUUUCUACGACCACGACGGCGGCGCCGGGGAGCAGGAGCAGCGUGAGGCCGGCGAGGUGACCGGAGCGGCAGCGGCGGGGGCGGCCGGAGGAGGGGCCUCGUCGGACGCGGCUCCGUCCGAGCAGCCGACGCGCCGCUCGCAGCGACAGGCCGGGGCCACAAUCCGGACGUUCCAGGGUCUAAUGGGUUCGGACUCGGACUCGGACGAGGAGGGACAGGCGUUCUUCGCCGGCGGCUCAGAGACCAGUGGACAGCAGAUCCUCGGUCCCAAACGGGGCAAAAAGAAGGGCGAGGACAUUGUCAAAGAGAUGUUCCAGGCUGCCAAAGGUCACGGCGCCGAGGAGGUGGAUCCGUCCGAGGAGGCGCCGCAGCCGCGCCGACGCGUGUUUGGCGGCACCGGGUACCGGCUCGGCCAGACGGGCUCAGACUCGGAGGUGGUGCCCGGCGCGCCCGACAACCGGCCCCCGCAGCCGCGCACCGUCAAACUGCGGCUCUGGCGCACCGGCUUCAGCGUGGAUGACGGAGAGCUGCGCGAGUACUCGGACCCGGCCAACCAGGAGUUCCUCAACUCGGUCCGAGAGGGCCAAGUUCCCCUGGAGCUGAUUCGGGACGCACAGGGCGGCGAGGUUCACCUGGACAUGGAGGACCACCGGCAUGAGGACUACGUCAAGCCCAAGGCCAAGCCGAAACCCUUCUCCGGCGUCGGACAUGUGCUGGGCAGCCCGUCGGCGGCCGGCGCGGGCGGGGGCGCGGCCGCCGACGGUGGCCACUGGUCUCUCUCGGCCGCCCUGUCGGCCGCUCUCGGUCUCCUGUUCAGCCUGAUGGAUGUGCUGUGGCGAUUCUUCAGCCCGGCACCGGCCGUGGUGGGCGCCGGAGCGGCCUCCUCGGCCCCGGCCGCCGCCGCCUCUGCCGGCGACCCGGCCGCCAGCGAGGCGGCCGCGCGCGCCGCGCUGGCGCUCGACGAGUCGCAGCCGACGACCAGCGUGCAGGUGCGGCUGACGGACGGCUCCCGGCUGGUGGUGAAACUGAACCUGACGCACACCAUCGGAGACCUGCGCCAGUACAUCGCCACUGCGCGCCCCCACCUGGCCACGCGGCCGUUCGCGCUUCUCACCACCUUCCCCAGCAAGGAGCUGACGGACGACAGCGUCACAGUAAAGGACGGUGCGCUGCUGAACGCCGCCAUCCUGCAGAGGGCCCAGUGAUCGACCCACAGCCGUGUGCCACGCUCAGGACGACUCUGGUGUUACCGGGCCCGGUCCGGUCGGCUCGAGCUACCGCUGGACUCUGCGAGACGUCCCGUAACAGACUGAUACAGAAAACGAACUACCGUGAUGUGGGGCCAGGAUCUGAGACGACUGCCCGCCGCAGAGGGGUUUACACAAAUACGCAGAGUUAUGAUGGUAAAAUACAUUUCGCACACGGA